AUGGUCAACCUCGAAGUGCAAGCUGCCGUUGAUCCCAGGAACAUUUACCCAAACGAGAUGCUGCAAGAGCUUGCUAACAAAAGCCUCACCAACUUCAAAUUCCCCUCCGUCAUAGCGACUGCUACGCAGAUGGACGUGUCUAUCCCCAUCCUGACUGCUGCCACCGACCAAUCCUACUGGGAGACGCCGGCAUCCCCGGGCUCCGACUGUUCCCAAGAUGAGUCGGGUUGCCUUGUUUGCAACUCUGGCUACAGCAAGUGUGUCCAUGAUGUAGCGGUGGGGAAGUUCGACCUUUGCAUCGCGGACAUGUGGAUCACGCCGUGCCGAAGCGCCAUCGCUCAGUUCCUGCCUCCCGUGCGCUUCGACAUGUUCUACCUGGUGCAAGAAGCGAAGCCACGGACGGAGUCGACUGUUGGUGCAAUCAUGGAGAGGCCCUUCAAACCCUUCACGCGUGGGGCCUGGGCGGCCAUUGGAAUCUUUGUGCUGCUUUCCGCCUUGUGCUUUCUGGCCGGGCGCCACUUAGAGGAGAAAGACAAGCAGGUCAACCAGACCCUUCCUCCUGUGGCGGAGGGCCCUCGCCACAGUACCAGCAGUCUGCCUUCGCGUGCACACGACCUGCUGAACCUUGUUGGGGGCCAAAACUCCUUCGCAGGUUCCAACAGGGCCUCAUGCAAGCUCGCAGGUUGGGGCUUUGCUUGGGGCAUGCUUGUGCUGACUUCUACCUACACGGCAAACUUGACAGACAUCUUGGCUUUGGAGCGCAAGCAGGUUACCAAUCUUCAGCGGUUGGAGGACGCCAAGGACAUGUCCAUUUGCGUCGACGAGGAGGCAUAUGUGCACUUUAGACAAACGUACCACACCGUCCUUGAGAACGUGACUUGGAGACCAGUGAAGAACAGUGCGCACAUACCCCAAUUGCUGCACGAUGAAAAUUGUAGUGCAGCUGUCAUGUACCAGGGAGCCAUUGACCGCAUGCACGCUGGGAAAUUCUGGGAUGCCAGGGCAGGGCGGCCCUCGGACUACGACUGCAAGAUCAGAAAGGUCCCCUCCGAAGAGGUAUUGCUGACUUUUGCUGUCGGGUUUCCUGUUGCCCCUCCAUUAGUGCAUGGCCUGUCAUGGGCAUUGACAAGUGCGCUGGAAGAAGGGACGGCUGCCAAAGCAGAAAUCGACCAUAGGACUUCCUUGAGGGGCAUUUUCGCAAGCAAGUGCGGCGUUGAAGAAGAAUCUGAGAAACGGCUUGACUGGCCAGACGUGCUGGGGGCGUUGAUUGACGCUUUCAUGAUCAUAAUGCUGGGUGCCUUUUUCUUUGGGCUUGCCGCCCUUCUUCGAAGGCAGUGCUGCAAGAGGGUGUCGCAGUGCUGCAAGCCACAUCGGCCGGAGCCCGGCACGAUAGCCCCACCUUCCCCAUGCAGUGGCACGAUAGCCCCACCUUCCCCAUCCAGUGAGUGUUGA